AUGGAAGGCAAUGAAAGUUCCACCUCAGAAGGUCCAAUGUUCAAUGAGUUAAAAAAUGUGAUGGGUUUUAGCAAAGCAUGGAAUUUUAAAGAUAUGUUGAUGGUGGGUAGGUUGUGUUUACUAUCUAUGGCAAUACAUGGAAUACACCACGGAUCUAGAAUUCCUUUACCUAGUGCUAUUAGAGUUCUUGAUCUAGUGGGUUUUGAGAAAUAUCCAUGGGGUCUUGUGGCUUUUGAAUCUCUAAUUAGAUCGGUUAAAAUUGUUGACUUUGACAAAGAGGGUAGUUAUGUUAUUUAUGGAUGCGUUCACGCUUUGCUUAUUUGGGUGUAUGAGAGUAUCCAUGGUCUAGCAGAGACUUUUGGGAUGAGAAGGCCUACAUUGACUGGUGUUCCACUUCUUGAUUGGCGUUCAACUCGAAAGAACAUGUACCUUCAAUGGAGUGAUGCAGAAGAAGAUAAGGAUGUGAAGCUUGACAACUUGAUAAAAGACAUCAUCCAUAAUCUUCUUGCUUUAGAUGCUUGGAAAGAUGUGCAAGUAUUUUGCAUUGCUAAGAGUAAAACAAAAGCUAUUGUGGCUAGCGAAAGUAUCACAAUCAAGGGGAAACAAGUUAUGGAGGCCGAAUCUUCAAAAGUUGAAAACAAAAAGCAGAAGAUAGUCUCAGAAGAUAAAGAGGUUGAUAAGGAUGAGAAGAAUAGCUUUGCGGAUAUUCUAAAGGUGAUGAAAACACUGAAUGAGACUAUUUCAGACGUGGGCAAGAAUCUGAGUUGUAAGAUCGAUGCUAUGCAGACUAGAUUUGAGUCUCAGAUUGUUGCAUUUGAGAUAGAGUUAAAGGAACUGAAAGAGUCUUCGAAAGUAGAGGAGAAGCCAUCUUCAGUGGAUGGUUUACCUAUUCAAAGGGUGGUAAAUAAACCUAAAACAGUGCAGAAAAAAAUAAAGGUAGAAGGUGAAGUAUAUAACAAGAAGAAAGCUGUGGGAAACGGGGCAAGUAGAGGUGUAGUAAAGGAUGACAAGAAGAAGUUAGUUUUGAAGCAAUCUAAGGUACCUACUCUCAAGGGCUUCAAAAAACCAAAGAAGACAACAUCUAAUGAUGAUGUUCAAGAUGUUACUGACCAAGUAGUUGCAGAGAACUUGAAGAUGGUUUCAAGUUCUGAAGAUACAUUCUCCGAUCCUCAACAGCAGCGCAAUAGUAAGGCACUUUCUGCAACAUUGACUGCUUUCGUAGAUAAGAUAAAUCAGAUAGAUGGAGAUGGAAUUACAACUCAUAUAGCUGUUGCGUUGACUAUGUUCCGCAAAAGGAUGAUGUGUGAUCCUUCAAUGUACCCUAACCAACAGAUAACUUUCUUGGAUCAAGAUAUGAUCAUUCCUUUGUCUAAUAGUUACAGUAGUCCACACAUGACCACUGAUAAAGAAAUGGUUGAACAAUCCAUGUUUUUGAUGCUUAUGAUCCCUGCUAUGUUGAGUGCUGUCAUUCCAAUUCAGAUACGCAAGAAGAGCUUUGCAAAGUUGGAAGUGAAAAGGAUUACAAAGAAGGUCCUUGAGAAUAAAGAUCUAGAGAUAUUUGAUGAAGUCAGAGAUUUAGCCGGACCGGGGAAGUUAGAUCCUCGUGGUAAAGAAUUCAAGAUCCCUCACAUGGAGGAUUCAUAG